AUGUCUUGCUACUUCACGGCAACUGUGCCCGAUAAAUGGAGCAUUCUGUCCUACCUCACGAAUUUCUUUAAUCGGUGCGAACAGAACAAAAGACCCUUCGACUACAAUAAAGCCAUCGAAACCUACCAUACGCGUCUCAGGGAACUCAAGUUCGAUCCGAAUACCCGCUUCCAAGAUAGAGCAAAGGUGCUGUUGGAACGAUGGAACUUGAAGGCCCCAGUCACAUUCGUGGUGGCUGUUCACCGUCCUGAUGAACCCCAGGCCCCAGUCACAUUCGUGGUGGCUGUUCACCGUCCUGAUGAACCCCAGGCCCCAGUCACAUUCGUGGUGGCUGUUCACCGUCCUGAUGAACCCCAGGCCCCAGUCACAUUCGUGGUGGCUGUUCACCGUCCUGAUGAACCCCAGGCCCCAGUCACAUUCGUGGUGGCUGUUCACCGUCCUGAUGAACCCCAGGCCCCAGUCACAUUCGUGGUGGCUGUUCACCGUCCUGAUGAACCCCAGGCCCCAGUCACAUUCGUGGUGGCUGUUCACCGUCCUGAUGAACCCCAGGCCCCAGUCACAUUCGUGGUGGCUGUUCACCGUCCUGAUGAACCCCAGGCCCCAGUCACAUUCGUGGUGGCUGUUCACCGUCCUGAUGAACCCCAGGCCCCAGUCACAUUCGUGGUGGCUGUUCACCGUCCUGAUGAACCCCAGGCCCCAGUCACAUUCGUGGUGGCUGUUCACCGUCCUGAUGAACCCCAGGCCCCAGUCACAUUCGUGGUGGCUGUUCACCGUCCUGAUGAACCCCAGGCCCCAGUCACAUUCGUGGUGGCUGUUCACCGUCCUGAUGAACCCCAGGCCCCAGUCACAUUCGUGGGUCGAGUGUCUGACGUGGUAUGUGCUCGAAGGUGGGCUCAAGCCUACGGAGUGCUCCCAAAACAGAAGCGGGCGGCACCGGUCACGGCCGACAUGGGCCCGCCGGCAAAAAAAAGAAGGCAACGAAGGAUUGUGAUUGAAACCCAUGUAGACGAGUUGGCAUUGGUGGAUAGCACAGUAGUGGCCUCCUGCGAAGCCUCCGUAUUGGACGCAAGCCUCGACGACGUCGUGAGUACUACAAGCAGCACUCCACUCCGUCCUCAGUCAUCCUGCGACGGGCGUUCUACAAUAGAGCAUAACGCACUGCCGCCAUACUUCUAUACAGUUUUCAAUCGCGCACAUCACCACUCCAUCAACAAGGUACACCUCUCCACUGGGCAGUAUCUAGAGGAUAUACUCUACGAGUAUGGGAGCCGCCUAGACACAAUUAGUCUCGUGCACUGGUUUAUAGUUGAUCAGGACGACAAGGUGGUGAUGUCCCUUUUGCCUGACAGACGACUACCUGCAGGGAGUGAAAUGCGGUUACCAGAGUUUCCGAAAGUGUUGGAUAAGCACAUCAGUAUGUACAAACCUAUUGCAGAUCGCGCGGCGGCCAGAAGGUUAGCCUUUGAGACGGAUGAGGAGUGGGCGAAUGAGGAGAGUGAUAUUUUCAAUAUCGUGAAGAGGGAGCCAGACAUGUUGUAUCUCAAGUACUGGAUCGACAGUUGUUUCGAGCAAGCUAUCUCCCUCACCACUGAAUGCUCUCAUCUCCUCCGUGAGCGACUCAAUGAAGGUUCUUGGGAAGCGAUAUACUCCCGGCUCCUUGACGAUCCAUACCAGAAUUUGCCUGCGCUUCUCCUACAACGCAAAGAGAAACGGCUCCGGGCCCACAAGCACGACCCACACCCUGCCCUUCCAUACACUGUCUGCUACGACGGUGUCGUGCACACCCGCGCACACCAAUCCCCGACUAAGUCCGUUCUCGAAUUUGCGGUCAUCGAGGUUAAAGGAUGUUACGACGCCGCCAAGUGGCAGGAGGAUUUCACGAAGUUGGUUGCGGGAUGUCGCGCGAUCCUCAAGGCAAUCAGGACGUCUGUUGAUGGGCACGAGACAACGAUGGCGAAGGUGCUUGCGGCGGGGGUGUUACAGGCGGGGGCCAAGACGAUGGUCGUGUUGAUGAAGGCCGUGGGGGAGAAUGUUUAUCUGCUGAAGAGGGGGAGUGAGUGGACUUAUCCGGAGGAGGUUAAGGAUGUCGUGGACUUUGGGGGCCUGGUAGUGGCAAUGUGGAAGGUUCGGGAGGUUGUGAAGAGUUCAUACGAGGCGGUGAAGCACUACCAUGAGUGUGUAAAAGGGCAGAAGGAUGAUGGAGAUCGGACGGGGGCGGACUUUCUUUGA